UGGGCUAGCCUGAGCGGGGUGAUCGCGGGAGGCCUCGAAGAGGACCCGCAGGGGCGGAAUGACAGCCCGGCCACACUCGUGGCCGAGUGGAGGCGACAUCGCCUCCUUUGCCGCCUCCCUUGCCGUCCCGGUGGCAGCAUUCAGGCCCGGAGGCUCGCGCGGGGCUGGGGACAGCACAGGGCCGGUCCAGGAGUAGCUCCUCAUUCAGUAUGGCAAGCUGGAAACCCAGGAAGAGCAGAGACGCCCCAGAGGCCUUGACGGAGCAGAGCCUUAAGGAGUUUGUUCCAGGGCUGGGGUUCGAACUUCGCACAUCAGCACUGGAAUGGCCAUAGCUGGGAUGAUGUUACUGAUACGGAGCGUUCGACUGACAUCAAAAUUUACAACCUCUUCGGAUAUUCCAGUAGAAUUUAUAAGAAAGAAAGUUAAACUACGUGGCCGGUUACAGCAGAUAACUGAGUAUGGUCUAGAAAUUGAACAUGUACCUAUUACUUUACCCUUCAUAUCUUCAUGGAAAAAAGAACCAUGUGGAGUUUUGCUGGUUAAACUGGCUGGAGUAGAACUCACUGAAACCGGUAAGGCGUGGUUACAGAAAGAGCUGAAGCCUUCCCAGCUGCUAUGGUUCCAGCUCCUUGGAAAGGAAGAGUCAGCACUCUUUUGCUACCUUUUAGUGAACAAGGGUGGAUAUUUUAACGUGAAUCUGAAUGAGGAGAUUUUGAGAAGAGGCUUGGGUAAAACUGUCCUUGUUAAAGGGCUAAAUUAUGACUCAAAAACACACUGGAAAAUUCACAGAAGCUUACUUAAAGCGGAAUUGGCGGCCUUAAAGAAAGGAGAAGGAAUAUGGAAGGAAGAGUCGGAAAAAGAAAGUUAUUUUAGAAAAUUGAAAGAUUCCUGGAGAGAGAGAUGGACAAAGGGCAAUGAUUUAAAAACAGCCGGAGACGACCUCAGCUCCACCAAAGACGGUUAUUAUGACAGCCUGCACAGGGCUUACAGCAGCUGGAAGGACAGCAUGAGCAAUUACUCUUUAGUUCUGAAACUCAGAGAAUUUGUGAGCCGCUUACACUUUCGGAGGAAAGGAUGAUGCGUUCUGAGGUCUGAGGUAACCCCAGAAGAGUAAUGCCGAACUGUGUGAGCCAUUUUCAUUGAGGCAAAAGGGAAUUUCCCUCAGGUGAUCAAAAUCCCAGUCUCAUCAAAAUUCCAGUUAACAUCAAAUCCAUUGUUAACAUCAGAAUCAAUUUGAAUGAAUUAUGGUCAGUGUCAUAUACUUUUAGAAAGAGCUACACACUGUAAAAAGUUACCCAGUAGAAGGAUGUAUAUAUGCAGAACUAAUGUUUGGCCUUUUUCUUCUUCCUCCCUGCCCCCUAGUGCCAGGGACUGAACUCAGGGCCUCAGGCACUCUGGUCAAGCAGCACACCAUUACAGAACUACAUUACUAGCCCUAUAGUGCUAAUGUCUGAAGAGAAGGUGUAAGUGUUGACUUUAUAUUAGUUAUUUAGGGCAGCCAUAUUUAACAUUUGUUUUUCAGUUUUAUCAACUCUAUAAUAAAGGAAUUAAAAAAAAGAUUGUCUUUCUGAGGUCACUCUUUCUCCAAGCACCUUUCUAGCUCCUGCUGAGUGAGGACCACUGAUCUGAGAGGCAUGGCCACCAUUCCUCGUAAUAAAUACAGCUGCCUUCAUCCUGUUGUUAGAUAAGAGGAUUGCCCUCAAGACAAAGAUGAGAACCGCAGCACAGAGGUCAGAAAGGAAGGAUCUUCAGGAUAUCACUGAGCCCCUGGACUCCUCAAUUCUCAACUACCUGCCUUCCAACUCCGAGGUACAUGAGAGAGUAGUAAUCUGCCUUGAUAGUAAAGAUGGAAUUGCCUGUGGUGGCAUGUGCCCGUAAUCCCAGGACUUGGUAAGUAGAGACUGGAGGAUAAGGUGUUCAAGGCUAUCCUUGGCUCUUACAGAAUUCAAGACCAAUUUGAGCUAAUUAAUAUGAGACUUAAUCUAAAAAUCAGAAAUAUCAAAAGCAAAAACACCCUUAAACCACUUUAAUGUAUGCAUUAAAACCUUCCUGGCAAUGUAAGCCUUUUUCACGAGCCCAACAAUAUUUUACUAACUUUUGGGACAUGGUCUAACAAUGGAGUCCUUCAAGGGACUGAUGCUUGUGAGAAAUAUCCAUGAAAACAAGACAAGAGUCCUGUGACCUAAGUUUCUUCAAAAACACUAAAUUGCUUUUGAAAUGUGCUCUUGUGCCUCUCCCAGUCAUAGCAGAUAGGACUGAGCUUGCUCCAGAGUGUUCAUUACAGCUGGAUAUUGUUACUUAUUUAUAUGCCUGUUUGGAAAACAUGUUUUUGCCACAUGACCUUGUGAUUAUAAACUUUACUCAGAUGACUCUUCUUAACCCUCAGAGUAUAAAUUGUCUGAUGCUCUGAAUAAAGUUGGCUAUUGCAUGAGA